AUGGGUAAAAAGAAAGCGGCGGGAGGUGGCCUCGGCAGAGCGCUGAUUAAGGAGAGACUUCAGUCUGUGCGGGGGAACAGGAGAGACUCCUCAUGGCUCCACACUAGUGAACUCAAUGAUGGAUAUGACUGGGGGAGGUUGAACCUGCAGUCAGUGACAGAGCAGAGCUCUAUGGAUGAUUUUCUGGCAACUGCAGAGCUUGCGGGAACAGAGUUUAUAGCUGAGAAACUCAAUAUUGCGUUUGUACCCGCUGAGGCAAGAGCAGGUGUAUUAACUUCUGAAGAGAAGACAAGGUUGAAGAAGUUGCAUGAGGACAAUAAACAUUUUCUCAGAAUUCCUCGCAGACCCAACUGGGAUGAAAGUACAAGCCCAGAAGCCCUACAAACUGCAGAAAAGGACAGCUUUUUGCAGUGGAGACGAGAACUUGCCCAACUGGAAGAGGAGCAGAAGUUGAUCCUUACUCCUUUUGAGAGGAACUUGGAGUUUUGGAGACAGCUGUGGAGAGUAAUCGAAAGGAGUGAUGUAAUUGUUCAAAUAGUGGAUGGAAGGAACCCAUUGCUGUUUAGAUGCCCUGAUCUUGAAUUGAAGCAAAGGAAAGUCUGGGCCAAGUAUUUUGAACGAGAAGGACUGAAGACUGUUUUCUGGUCUGCUUUGGCUGAAAGCAAUCGAUUAGAUGCAGAGGAAAAGGGGAUAGAAAUCGAGGAUGAGGAGCCUGAAGAGAGUGAUAAUGAAGAGGAUACACAGGGUGACUCAAAAGAAAUUAAUAAUGAAGCAGGAAUGUCCAGUUCCGGUGAAGAAGAGAACGAUGUAAACGUAGAUGAAGAAGACUGGAAAAGCUGCUCCGAGGAAGAUGAUGAAGAAGCUGGUAUGUCGUCAAAUGAAUCCUCCUUCCAUAACUCCAGCCGACUGCUGCACAAAGAAGAACUUCUGUCUGUGUUCAAGUCAGUUCACAGUGGCAGGCGAUUUAAAGAAGGACAUCUAACUGUGGGUCUGGUUGGUUAUCCUAAUGUUGGAAAGAGCUCUACUAUAAACACUAUUCUAAGAGACAAAAAGGUUUCAGUUUCAGCUACUCCUGGCCACACCAAGCACUUUCAGACUCUGUAUGUGGAGCCAGGGCUCUGCCUGUGUGACUGCCCUGGUCUAGUUAUGCCCUCAUUUGUUUCUACCAAAGCAGAGAUGAUCUGCUGUGGGAUAUUAUCAAUCGACCAAAUGAGAGACCAUGUCCCUGCUGUAUCUCAAGUAUGUCAGACAAUCCCUCGCCACGUAUUCGAAGGGACGUACGGUGUUAACAUAAUUCGCCCUAGGGAAGAUGAAGAUCCUGACAGACCAGCAACCUCAGAGGAACUGCUCACUGCUUAUGGCUACAUGAGAGGCUUCAUGACUUCUCAUGGCCAACCUGAUCAGCCAAGAUCUGCUCGCUACAUACUUAAGGAUUAUGUAAAUGGAAAGCUUUUAUACUGCCACCCUCCACCAAAUGUAAAUCCUAAAGAUUUUCAGCCACAGCACAGCAACUUUCAGAUAAUGGAUCCAGAUCAAAUCAACAAUUCUGCAGUUAAAAACAAAAAUACAAAAAUUAGAAGGAUUGAAAACACUGUGGACAAGAACUUUUUCCAUCAGGAAAAUGUCCGAGCUUUAUCUAAAGGAGUUCAGUCUAUCAUGGGCUACAAACCAGGAAGUGGACUGCUUCUCCUGUUGUCCCAUGCUGCUCUGGGGUAUGAGAGAUGCAGAUAUCAAGUGGAAAGUGGGAGAGAAGCCACCGUUUCUCUCUACAGCCUUCUGGGGAACAGUUGUGGCACCAUUGGAGCCAUCCUAUCCAGGCAACUCCAUAUUCAGGUGGUUUUAGCGACUGUUUCUGUUGCAAUGGAUGCGCUGUCUUUUAUCACAUUGUGCAUCCCCAUAUGUUUGUGUAGGAACUCGAGAGCAGGGAUGAGAAUGAGGGCGAGACGAAGAAGUCGUCUCUAUGUGGUGCCUUUAUUUAUGGCCACUGGAGGAUUUAUCAAGGACAGUUCUGAUAUUCUUGGAUAUGUCCUUGGAAUCCUGUCCUUCGCAAUAGCUUUUACAUCUAGAUUUCCUGCUCUCUACAGAGUUGGUAGAAAACGUUUGAUGACCAAAGCCCAGGUGUUUUCUCUGGUGCUGCGCUCCCUAGCUGGCUCGUGCUAUGUUGCUGCCUUACUGCUUUAUGACACCAGCAGUGUGUUCAUUUGGAGGACAAUGCCUUGGUUGCUUGCAGCUGCUCUAUGUGCCAUCAUAGAUCUGCUGAUUGUACUCAUUCAUUUGUGUCAAAAACAAGGGAUGCUGGUGUUGUCUCCAGACUCUGUUAGUCUCCUGGGACAAUCAACUAUGGCUGUGGAUGAGGAGCCUAAUGAAGAGAAAGUUUACUCCAUGCCACAGAUUAAAAAAAAUGUGGAGAAGUUAUCUGGGCCCCACAGUUACUUGCAUGUGAGCUGUUCCUCUAGCCCUGUCCUAUUCAACUUCUCCAGAGCAGUGAAAAAGGAGCAAGUCCCCAACAGUGCGGGCGGGAAAGAUGAAGACUGUUUGUGUUCUUCAGACACAUCCUUCGACUCUUCUGUUGUCAGCUCAGACUUGGAGUGGGAUUUCGAAAAGCCAAUCGUCCCAUGGUGUGGUUCUGGGUUCCAGGUUGGUGUGGUGCGAGAGCUAGCUAACUGCAGGGAGACGGACCGCCUGGGGCGCUGUGCACCUGGCUCAAGUCUCUUGGAAGGGGGCUUGGCAUAG